CAAAACUAAUAUGAAAUUGUUGGGAUAGUCCCUAAUGUCAUAAGUUGUUCCUACAUCUCAUUUGGAUAAAGCUUCUUUAAGGGAUAUUCAGAAAGCCGAACCUCCUAAGACAGUUUCCUUAUCCCUGUAACCCAACCGCCUUGACGAGGGCUCAAUAACUAGCAACCCGCGCUGAUUUGAACAAAAUACUGGUUAAUUCGAUCAAUGGCGAUCAAGCGGCCACAAUUAUUUACCUGCACGCGGACAGGCACAUGACAAGAAGUAUGAAAGAACUAUGUGGUCCUCAAAAUAACCAGAGCCCAAUCAUUGCCAGAGCCUGUCUUAUUUGCGUAGGAGGUUCUUCGUGUACACCAAAUGACACCAAACCUCAAUUUCCUUUUACCAAAUUUGGAAGAAAUUUUUCAAUGUGUCUGAUCUGAUGGUAUUAAUUACGUCAUUCUAUUUUAAGAUGCCCAGUCCCUUUUUGCAUUCAGUUACGCAAAAUUAUGCAAUGUACAUCAAACAAUAAAAUAUCUUGUAACGGUCCAAAACACAUGCUCAAAAGGACAAAUUGGAUGUACAGCAAUCCAUAUAUUCUUUAAUUUCAUCUUAUUAAGGUUACUACAAAGAGACCCAUUUAUUGAUAGGCAGGGCUGUCUCGACUUGCUUCAAACACUGCACAGGCAUAAACUUGUAUCCCACUAAAAUUAGGCAGGAAAAAGGUUGUUUAUAGUGUGGCCUGCCAGUGAAAGGCCCAUAAAUUUGUAUCGGAUUUUGAAAGGAAAAGAUGCCUCCUAUCGCGGAGAAGCAAUCCUCGACUUUGGGGCAAUCAAAUGGUGACGUAUCUGGGCAAAAUUUGGAUACUAAUGGUGCUGCAGAAAACCUGGAAGUGAAAAUUAUCAAUGGGAGUAAAGAGACGCAUGCAGCCAAUGAAAGUGUUGCAUCAAAUUCCAGCAAAAAUAAUGAUGCUAAUGAGAGCUCAUCUAAGGAUGACAAGACGAAGGAACCAGAGAAGCUUGUUACAACCAAGGAAGUGUUCCAGUUUGCUGAUAAAUGGGACAUCAUUUGUAUGAUAUUAGGAACAAUAUUUGCCAUGGGAAAUGGUGUUGCCCAGCCAUGCUCAUUUCUUGUUUUUGGUGAGCUGAUUGGCAAGUUCAUUUCAUUUGCAACUGAAGCUGCAGAAAUAGCAGCAAAAGCGGCAAAUGCUACAAAGACUGGAAAUGCCACAAGUAGCCCACUGCCAAUUGCCAUGAUUGAUAUUGAUUCAGAGAUGGAAACAUUUGCAGCUUAUUACACAUACAUUGGAAUUGGAACAAUUGUUUGUGGAUAUGUGCAAACUGCUUUUUGGUCUGUAGCAGCUGUAAGGCAGGCUCAUCGUAUUCGUACCAAUUGCUUCAAGUCAAUAAUGGGGCAAGAAAUUGGAUGGUUUGAUACCACAGACAGUGGUGAAUUGAGCACUAGACUAACUGAUGAUGUAACAAAAAUUCAGAAUGGGAUAGGUGACAAGGUUGCCAUGGUUGUCCAGUCAAUUUCCAUGUUUUUAGCUGGCUUUCUCAUUGGCUUCAUUUACAGCUGGAAACUGACUUUGGUUAUUCUGUCAGUUACUCCAGCUUUGAUGAUCACCGGAGGCAUUACUGGAAAGGUCAUCGGGAAUUUAACAAGUCAGGAACAAACUGCCUAUGCAAAAGCAGGUGGCAUUGCAGAAGAAGUGCUGGGCUCAAUUAGGACGGUUGUUGCCUUUGGAGGAGAGAAGAAAGAAUAUGAACGGUAUUCGUCAAGUUUAUAUGAUUCUCAGAAGGCAGGCAUCAAGAAAGGAAUGUCAACAGGGAUCGCGUUUGGCCUUUUUCAUGUUGUCAUCUUCAGCUGCUAUGCUUUGGCGUUCUGGUAUGGUUCACAACUAAUCGCCGACAAUGAAUUGAACGGAGGAGACGUUCUUGUCGUUUUCUUCUGUGUCAUGGUUGGCGGUGCUCAGAUAGGACAGGCGGGUCCCAACAUGGAGGCUAUAGCAAAAGCGCGUGGAGCUGCCUAUUACGUUUAUUACGUCAUAAACAAGAAAUCGGAAAUUGACCCAUUUUCUGAGGAAGGACAAAGACCAGAUCGAAUGCUUGGGAACGUACAGUUCAGCAAGAUUCAUUUUAAUUACCCUUCAAGGCCAGAAGUCAAGAUCCUCAAAGGGUUUAGUCUUGAUAUCAAAAGUGGCAUGACUGUUGCUUUGGUUGGUGAAUCUGGUUGUGGAAAAAGUACUGUUGUAAAACUUGUUCAGAGAUUUUACGAUGCAGUUAACGGUGGAGUCAUGAUAGAUGGCAUUGGUAUUGAGCAACUGAACGUCAGUUGGCUGAGGAGGCACAUUGGUGUUGUGAGUCAAGAACCAGUUUUGUUUGAAGGAUCAAUUGCAGAAAACAUUCGCAUGGGUAAAGAUGAUGCCAGCGACCAGGAAAUUGAGCAAGCUGCACAAAACGCCAACGCACACACAUUUAUUUCCGAAUUGCCCAAGGGUUAUGACACCUUCGUUGGCGAAGGAGGUGCCCAGCUCAGUGGAGGUCAAAAGCAGAGGAUCGCAAUCGCGCGUGCCCUCAUUAGGGAUCCGAAGAUUUUGCUGCUUGAUGAAGCAACGUCUGCCCUUGAUACCGAAAGUGAGAGUAUCGUCCAAGCUGCAUUAGAUAAGGCCAGCCAAGGAAGAACAACGAUAAUAAUUGCCCACCGGUUAUCAACGGUUCGAAAUGCUGAUCUGAUCGUGGCAGUCCAGGAUGGUGCUGUUGCAGAGCAAGGGACUCACGAUGAAUUGAUUGAAAAGAAAGGGGUCUAUUACCAACUGGUUAUGCUGCAGACAUUAGCAGAAGAACUGGACGAUGAAGAGAAGGACAAUCUCUCUUUGCUAAGUGAAGAGGACCGAGAACAACAAAUAGCAUUGAAAGUUAUGAGGCAAGUCUCAAAUCUAUCGCAAGGAAGUGAAGAGGAUAUAAAAGAGGUCAAGGCUUUGGAAAGAGUUUUAAGCAGAAAAUUAUCUCAUAAAGGUGCAAAGCCUGCUGCCAAAAGUCAGAAAGAAAAGGAAAAGAAGGACGAGGAGGUGCCAGAGGAAGAAGUUGAAAUGCCAUCUGUUAAGAGACUCAUGCUGCUUAACUCAACUGAAUGGCCAUAUCUUGCAAUCGGCAGCUUUUUUGCAGCCAUUGUUGGAGCUUUCCCCGUCGCUUUUGCCAUAAUUCUUAGUGAAAUUCUUAAGGUCUUUGCAGAUAUUGAUAAAGCAAAGUUAAAAAGCGAUGCAGAAUUUUGGGCACUGAUGUUUUUGGCGCUGGGAAUAGCUGAUGGGGUGUCCCUCUUUACAUCGUCAUACUGUUUCUCAAAAGCUGGCGAAAUUUUAACGUUGCGGUUGCGUCAACUGACAUUCAAAGCACUUCUCCGUCAGGAAAUUGGCUACUUCGAUGAUCCAGCGCACUCGACUGGCGCCCUCACAGCCCGCCUGGCAACUGAUGCCACAGGAGUUCAAGGGGCUACAAGUCUUCGUUUGUCAACAAUGGUUCAAGUUGGUGUUAUGGGCCUAACCGCAAUAGUUAUCGCAUUUGCCUAUGAAUGGAAAUUGACAUUGCUCAUCUUCGCAUUCGUUCCGUUUUUGAUGAUAGCUGGCGGUAUGCAUACGAAAAUGAUGACUAGUUUUGCCGAAGAAGAAAAUAAAAAGAUUAUAGAAGCUGGCGCUGCUGCAACGGAAUCAAUUAUCAACAUUCGUACUGUAGUUUCCCUUGGAAAAGAACAGCUUUUCUGGGAGAAGUAUAUGUCCUUAUUGCAAGGCCCGUACGAGAAAUCGAAGGUGCGAUGCCAUUUAUAUGGUAUCAGUUUCGGUUUUUCAAUGGGUAUCAUGUUUUUCUGCAAUGCUGCUGCCUUCAGAUUGGGAGGAUAUUUAGUUCAAAAAGGAGACGUUGCAUUUCACGACAUGUUUAAGGUGAUUAUGGCGUUGACUUUUGGAGCAAUGAUUGCUGGACAGAUAGCCUCGUUUGCACCCGAUUAUGUCAAAGCCAAGACAUCUGCUGCAAGGAUCUUUAAGCUUUUGGAUAGAGAGCCACUUAUUGACGCAUACGACGAAGGAGGCGAGAGACCUAGUCAUGUUGAUGGAGCAAUUGAAUUCGACGAAGUCAAAUUCCACUACCCAAGCAGGCCAGAUGUGACAGUUUUGCAUGGGCUGACAGUGAGAAUUCAGCCAGGCCAAACGCUAGCUCUCGUUGGCAGCAGUGGUUGUGGUAAAAGUACAUCUGUCUCGUUGAUCGAGAGGUUUUAUGACGUUGCAUCUGGAAGUAUUAAACUGGAUGGAGCAGACGUAAGGUCGCUCAAUAUUGCAUGGCUUCGAUCUCAUCUCGGUAUUGUUUCACAAGAGCCAGUUUUGUUCGACUGCAGUAUCAAGGACAACAUUCUUUAUGGUAUCCCGGAGGAGGAGAAAGAAAAAAUUUCCAUGGAGCAGGUCGAAGAGGUCGCAAAAUCGGCCAAUAUCCAUCAUUUUAUUUCAAAUUUACCCAAGGGGUAUGAAACGACGGCUGGGGACAAGGGAGCGCUUAUCUCAGGAGGACAAAAGCAAAGAAUCGCCAUUGCAAGGGCACUUAUACGAAACCCGAGCAUCAUGCUUCUGGACGAGGCUACUUCAGCGUUAGAUUCAGAGAGCGAAAAGAUCGUUCAGGAUGCUCUAGAUGUGGCUAUGGAAGGGCGAACAUCAAUAGUUAUCGCCCACCGCCUUUCAACCAUUCAAAAUGCUGACAUAAUUGCAGUAGUACAGGGCGGCAAGAUCAUUGAGAUGGGAACUCAUAGUGAGCUGUUGGCAAAGAAAGGGGCCUAUUGUGUUCUGAACGCAGCACAGCUUUAGGGGAUCUGCGCCCCUUUAAGGUGUACAGAUGAUGGAUCAAAAUAAUGCACCAUUGCAAUAUGUCACUAAAGAAAGGAAAAGCCAUGUUCUUGAAGAAAGCUGAGAGAAACCUUGUUUUAAACUGUAACGUGUAUGUAUCUUUCAAUCAAAUUUUGCGUCCUUCCAUUUAGGAUAGUGUUCAAGUAAUGUUAAUCUGCAAGAAAAUUUCUGAAAUUAACUGAUCCCUCGAGAAAACUACUGCUGCAAAGCUCUAGGACUUUUGAAUCUUAGGGUUAAUGGUGUCACUUAAACCAAUUUCACUUAAAGGCUCGUGUGCAACCGGCAUGCUUUGCAGCUAUAUUAUCAAAACCGGCCUCAUAUCCUACUGCAUGAAAAUACAAAACACAAUUUCUCAAGACAGCUGCCGCCAAGCAUGCCAGUUGCGCAAGAGCCUUUAAAGGAGAUUUGCUGCUAGUCGACAGCGCUUUUUGUGAAAGUCCUUGAGACACCCAAUAUUUCUUUGUUCCAUUUCUGUGUACAACUACCACCUCGCCGCUUCGACUCCCGAAAACAAUAUUGAUUGAUAGGCUAGAAUCAUAUCUCACAUAUUCAGUAAAAUCCCACCGUAACGCCAUAUGUCAAUUGGUAGCAAAUGAUAAAUUGGUAUUGAAGAGUGAUGUGAGUUUUUUGUCUGUGAUUGUGGAUGUUAUCGAGAGCACGUUUGCGCGUUUUUUAUGUAAUGAUUGCCCACCGAAGUGGGAUUGUCAGAAAAACCCACACACCCCCUAAGUUUACAUCAGUACAAAGAAUUAGCUCACGGUGAAAAAGUGAAAAAUUACACUAUAAACAUGAAAAACCACGAAAUUCUUCUCAACAGAGUUUACGAGAACCAUUUCCUCUGGCAAAAAAUUCACUUAACUAAAAUUGCGUUAGAGGAACAUUAGAGUAACCCUUCGUCAGGAUGAAAAAGCUCUAUGUCAAUAUAUCUAUAUCAGGUAAUAUCUUUAUUCUAAAUAAUUGAUGAACUUUGUAUGUAAGUAGGGAUCUCAGCCCUUUGUCAUAAAUUUUGUCUUUAAUGCUUUUAGUGAUGUCAAAGGAUGUCAACAGCCUCGGUCUAUUGAGCUAUAUAUUGAUUCAGUAUAACUAUCUGCCUAACGGGCUUCUCUUCAAAAUUGAUUUUUAUCGCCUCUACGAAAUAUGAUUUUACUGAUUUGUUUUAUGCCAUUUAUCUUUUCUAUAUAUUCAGAUGUAGCUCAAAAAUAUAUUUAACGGCCUUUGUAGUUUUUGGCAGUUUUUUUACUUAUUAUAUUAUAUUAGUGCUUGUUUAGAGAUAAAAAAAUUGAAUUGUUAUUAGCUGAAUUUGAUGUUUUAAGUGUUGUAAUAAUGGUGAUAAACCAGCCGUUCACGUUUUGUUAUGCGCUUAUCACGUUUUGUUAUGUGGUCGAUUUGUGAUGUAAUCAACCGGAAGCACGUCA